AUGCCCAUCUCCCGCCGGCUGUUCGCCGGCCUGGAGAAGCUGUGGAAGUCGGUGCGGGAGCAACACCCGGACGACUUUGUCAUCCUGGGCUUCCCCUGCAACCAGUUCGGCGGCCAGGACCCCGGCACCAACGAGGAGAUCCAAGAGUUCUGCCAGAUCAACUACGGCGUCACCUUCCCCGUCCUCGGUAAGGUCGACGUCAACGGCGACAACGCCAGCCCCGUCUUUGAGUGGCUCAAGGCGGAGAAGCCCGGUCUGCUGGGCAUGAAGCGGGUCAAGUGGAACUUUGAGAAGUUUCUGGUGAGCAAGGAUGGUGCCGUGAAGAGGCGCUGGGCGUCAACUACGAAGCCGGAGUCGCUGGAGAGUGUGAUCCUGGCUGAGUUGGCUAAGCAGUGA